AUGCUGGUUAAGAACGCGGCCUGGCAGUUUGCACCCCAGGUGCGAGUCAACAUGGUUGCUCCGGGCCUUAUCGACACUCUCAUCGGCCGUAAGGCUGGCCUUGCGAUUAAGGGACGCAACGCCAGUGCAGUACCGCUCGCUAGACAGGGUACUGGUUGGGAUACUGCUUAUGCGGUGGUCUGGUUGAUGAGCGGGGAGAGUUCUUUUAUAUCGGCGCAGGAUAUUAUGGUCGACGGGGCACGCACAGGCACGGGCAAUAAGGCUGCCAAAAAACUGGACGGUGUUGUUGAGGUGUCAUAG